AUGGCUUCAAAUAAUUCUGAGAACAGGAACCAAAUUGCUGGAGCCUUAACUUAUCCUAUCAGAGAUGAGAGUAAUGUGGAAUCUGUGCCAAUUCAGCCUAGGCAGCCAAGAAAUUUACAGGGCCUACUUCGUUUUGCUAUGGAGGCAACAAAAGCUGAGGAUGCCCCCGGGGAAUCUCAAUUUGGCCCUAUGGAUGAAGAGCGACGAAAGUUUUUAGAAGAAGCUUUGAAAAGUCUUACAAUUGAUGUGGCAGAGGUUCUUCAAAAAGCAAUCAAGGUUCUUACAGAUGCCGAAAAGAUUCGAAACAUCCAACUUGGCCAGGACUUGCCAGAGGACGUUGCAACAUCCCUCAGCAACAUUCACGAAUUUGUGGGUGAUAUUGAUAUUGCUAAUGACUUCUACAAAUUGGGUGGUUUCGCAAUCUUUCCCAUUUGCUUCGGCAGCGAGAACGCCACCGUACGUGCCGAAGCUGGUUCAAUCUUGGCAGAGGUAUGCCAGAACAACCCAUUCUGUCAGACGCGUGCAUUAGAGUGUGGCUUACUGAAUGUGCUUCUACAUCUUGUCCAGUCUGAAGAAGGUGUUGCUCUGGCAAAAUGCCUAUAUGCUAUUUCAUGCAUUACGCGCGAGUUCGAGCCCGCCUGCCGCGAGCUGAGCUCACAGGACGGCUGCGCUAUUCUCUCGCAACUGCUCCACAGCGACGACAUACGCGUGCGCACUAAAGUCGCUUUCCUCAUCGCGUACCUCGUACGUCACCAUCCCUACACUAAAGAUAAAUUCUUUGAAGAAAAUAUUAUAAAAACCAUUGCUGUGGAAUUAGACAAAGGUCUAAACAGCGGUACUUCAUGUCUUCUGAAUGCACUUUUAGCGUUAGUCGAAAAAUUGGAUCCCAUUGCAUUACAACAAUUAAAAAACCCUACAGUUGGAUUGAAGAAUAUUCUCGAGAAGCUUUGGAAUGAACCGGAGUUAAAGGAGCCAGAGUACGAUGAAGAGAGGGAUUGCUUAAAGGCAAUAAUGGAGAUUUUCGAGAAGAGUCCAGAAGUAGAGGUGAUUAAUGAGGAUGGUGCUGACAGAUAG